UCUGCCUCCCGACGGCUGCGCCUCUCGGCUGAACUGAAUUGAAAUAAAUAAAUAAAUAAAUAAAAUCAAUAAAUAGAUCGCUGGUCAGGUCAUCAUUCAAUCUUCUCGUAAUUCGCCGGACGGCAGACAGCACCGUCGCAAGUCUGUCCAUUCCUCAGCCGGGGUUCUGUCUUCCUAAUACCAAACCUAGAUCCUCUUCGUUCCUCCACGCCUCGGAAAAUUCCAUAUCGAUCAGUUUUGAUUUCGUGUCUUUGUCGUCGUUAAGGAAGAAAUGGAUGAUAGCUGUGCGGUGUGCGCUGACAGUUUGGAAUGGGUGGCAUAUGGUGCCUGCGGUCAUCGGGAAGUUUGCUCCACGUGCGUGGCUCGCCUCCGCUUCAUCUGCGACGAUCGCCGUUGCUGUAUCUGCAAGACAGAAUGCAACGUCGUUUUCGUCACCAAGGCCUUGGGUGGUUACACAAGGAUGAUCAAUGACUUUUCUGUCUUGCCGGCUGAGUUAAGGGAGGGUAAAGUGGGACCAUAUUGGUACCAUGAGGAUACCCAAGCAUUUUUUGAUGAUGGGGACCACUACAAGAUGAUCAAGGCAAUGUGCAAGCUCUCAUGCAGUGUAUGUGACAAGAUGGAUGAGCAACCAAAUGAUGGAUCGAAGUGUCGUGGAAAGUUUAGGAACAUUGGGCAGUUGAAGGGUCAUCUGUUUCGUUGUCAUAAAUUGCUUAUGUGCAGUCUAUGUUUGGAAGGACGGAAGGUGUUUAUUUGUGAGCAAAAGUUAUAUAAUAGAACACAGCUCAAUCAGCAUAUAAGCACAGGUGACUCUAAGGUGGAUGGAAGUGAGAGUGACAGAGGUGGCUUCAAUGGGCAUCCUAGGUGUGAAUUUUGUAGGACCCCAUUCUAUGGGGAUAAUGAAUUAUACUCACACAUGUCCACAGAGCACUAUACCUGUCAUCUAUGCCAAAGGCAGCAUCCUGGACAGUAUGAAUAUUAUAAAAACUAUGAUGAUCUUGAGAUUCAUUUUCGCCGAGAUCAUUAUCUAUGUGAGGAUGAAGCCUGCCUUGGCAAAAAGUUUAUCGUCUUUCAAUCUGAAGCUGAACUGAAGAGGCAUAAUGCAAUUGAACAUGGAGGAUGUAUGUCUCGUGCUAAGCGAAAUGCUGCCCUGCAGAUACCAACUAGCUUCCGAUUUCGUCGAAGUAAUGAAGAAAAUCGUCGUGGAAGGGGACAGACAUUUCGCCCUGAGCCGUCUGAUUAUCAGCUUUCCAUAGCCAUUGAGGCAAGUUUGGUCACGACAGCUGGUGAGCCACCACCAUCAUCAAGUGGCCAGGUGGUUUCUGAUAAUGGAGAUACAAAUAGUAUUGAUCCCAUCGUUCAGCCUUUUGAAUCAUUAUCAACAACAGAUUCUGACCCACCUUCAAGAUACCUUCAAGCAGUAGCACAAGGCUCAAGAGGUGUUCCUUUGGCAGAAUCCUCUUUUCCUCCUCUUUCCACGGCUCCAAGUAGCGGUCAACAAAGCGCUAAACCUAACUCUGAUGCUUUACCUAGUAAUACCAUGGCAGCACAUCUAAGGCGCCAGAGAAAUGUACAUGUUCUCAAUUCAGCUCAGGCAUGGCCUGUGGCAAGUAGCAGAUCAGUCCAACCUUCAAGCAGUCCAGUCCAAUUUAGACCAACAAUGCCUGCAACAUCACAUGAUGCUAGUGCUAGCACUGGAGCUGCAGUGUUGAGCUAUGCAAGUUCAGCUCUGGGAAAGGCUCAAUCAACAACAGUUAAUGGAUUGAUUUCAUUGGGUUCCUCUUCAGCAAGCUCUGGCUACACUGGUAGGAUCAGCAACUCCGCAUCAACCCCUAGUCUUGCUGAUGGUCAACCUUUGAUACCUUCUGCUUCUGAUUUCCCUCCAGUUUCUACAAUGCAAAUGCGAAAGAUGCCCUCAAACAGUCAAGCCCCAACGAAUGUGGAACAUAUUCAUACAGCAAAUAAAUCUUUGGUUGAAAAGCUACGUGCUGCUCUAGAGUAUGAUGAAGACAAAUACACUGCUUUUAAAGACAUAACUGGACAGUAUCGUCAGGGUUUGAUUGACACAGGAAAAUAUUUGAAUUAUGUAAAGCAGUAUGAAUUGUCACAUCUACUGCUUGAGCUGGCUAGACUGUGCCCUGAUGCGCAGAAGCAGAGAGAACUAAUUGAGACUUACAAUGCUAGUAUGCGAAGCAAUGGUCUGCAAGAAAAAGUUGGUGUCCAUGGCAAUCUCCGGUUGAAAGAUGAUAAUAGCUCUAGGAAAGGGAAAGGGAAGUCUUUAGUUGCUGAAGAUGGUCAUUCUAAGGAUGCCUUAGUUAAUGGUAUAAUAAGCACUGUCAGGAAACUGCAGUCCAAUUACAAUCCCUCAGAAGAAGAGGUGGAGGUGCUAUCAAAGGAUGGGUACCGUCGUACUGAAGGCAAAUCAAAGGUGAUGGCCAGUGAACAGCUGGUGGAAUUGAGUUCUCAAAAUCAUGGGAGCAAGAAUGAUUCUGUUUCUACUGGAGAUGGAUCUGCGGUUGGUGGUGGUGGCAGUAAACAACGGAAGAAAACUUCAAAAUUCCAGAGACUUCGGCUUGGUGAUGGCUCAAUGGAAGCAAUCUUGAAUCUCAAAAAUUCUGAACCUGAACAGCUUGACCAUAGGUUAGAUGGUAACCAAAACCCAACUGGAGGAUUACCUGUACGUGGUGUUUGGAGGACUGGAGGAGGUCAGAAACUCUUUCCUUAGAUGAGUUCCAAAAGAUUAGAAUGUGGCUCAAGUUUUACAAAGAUGUGUCACAAACGCUGGCAUUAUAUAACUGUCACCUGAUCAUCAAUUGUUUUCUAUUUUGCUUUUUUGGGAUUAUAGAUUUUGUUCAAGUAUUCAUAUAGAUGCUAUUUGGUUUAAAAUUUCAUAUUCAUAUGGCUGGAACAAAAAUAUGGGUUUUUU